AUGGAUGCCACGGCCUUGCCACCUGACUCCUACCCGUGGCUACCAGCCACGGGUGGGAUCGAUGGACUAGCUUACGGGCUCAUUGUCUCCAUUGGUAUACUUCUUCUAGUCACCACAAUCACCGUCGCUUCUUAUUGCUUAACUCGAAGCCAAAUCUUAGCAUCUUCCCCGAGGACAAUAACACGUCGACAAAGACAAACCAAUGCAACUUCACGAAAUGGCGAAGAACGUUUUCACUUCGACAAUAAUGAUCAAAACGACACCGUGGUGGUGGGGCUAGACGAAGAUGUAAUCAAGAGUUUCCCUAAGCUUCGUUACGAAGAGGCUCGUGUGAGUUAUAGCUUGCAAAAGGAUGCCACUGCGACGUCGUGUUGUUCGAUAUGUCUAGCGGAUUACAAGAAGAAAGAUAUGAUUAGGGUUUUGCCGGAUUGUAACCAUUUGUUCCACGACAAGUGCGUUGACCCUUGGCUCAUGAUUCAUCCUACUUGUCCUGUAUGCCGUAAGUCUCCAUUGCCGUCGCCGGCGAUGACACCUGUUGCUGACGCUGUUACAUUUGCCGCCGGUCGAUAG